AUGCUCACUUUUAACGACAAUAAAGCCGGAAUGGGCGGUCUGGAUAAGGAGAAAAUCACAAAAGUGAUAGAGCAAAACACGUCGGCCUCCUACUCGACGUUCUCGAAAAAACAGCAGUCUCGGAUUGAGGAGAAAGUUUUGGAAAUUAAAAAUCGGUUGGAAACGGCGACGAGGGAGGAGAAACAAAGUGCCGAGCACCUGGUAGGCCGAAAAAACGAGAAUUGCACAAACUUCAGUCAUCCUUUGCAGAUGACCGUACUUGAGGCGAGGCUGGAAGCGUGUCGAGACCUGAGCCGAGAUUGUGUCUGUAUUGACAUGGACGCCUACUUUGCGGCCGUCGAAAUGCGCGAUAAUCCGGCGUUACGGACCGUUCCGAUGGCUGUCGGAUCGGCCGCCAUGCUGGUGAGUGUGCACGUGAGGUCUACUGCAAAUUCAGCACGAAAUUCAAAAAAAUGUUUAUGCGGAAAAUUCUCAUUUUUCGCUCAGAGCACCUCCAACUACCUGGCUCGUCGCUUCGGAGUCCGUGCCGCCAUGCCCGGCUUCAUCGCAAAAAAACUGUGUCCCUCGCUGACACUGGUCGAUGUAAACUACCCGAAAUACCAGAAAACCAGUCGGGUAGGCAUGAAAUGUCCAAAUUUUCCCAAAAAAAAACCCCAAUUUUUCCAGAAAUUCUCCGAAAUUUUCGUCGAAUACGACGCCGAAGUGUCGAUGAUGUCCCUAGACGAGGCCUACAUCGACGUGACCGACUACGUGGCAUCACGGACCGCGUCCCGGUGGUUGGAGCGAAAAAGAUACGGCGGCGAGUGCGAAUGCUUCCUUCCACACGUGGAUUCCGAGGAGAUUUGCGAAAAUUCGGUGACAGUCGAGCAAAUUUCGUGUGAAAAAUGCGAAAAAACGCGGAAAAUCUACGUGGAUCGAGUGGAAUUCGGCGUCGGGAGGGAAGAAGUGAGCAGAUUUCAAUAAAAAUCACCCUGCAACUGUUCCAGGUCGUUCGGGAAAUGCGUUUUCGAGUGGAGCAACUCACCGGACUCACCUGCUCCGCCGGAAUCGCCGCCAAUUUCAUGCUCGCCAAAAUUUGCUCCGAUUUCAACAAACCGAAUGGACAAUUUGUGCUCCCCAACGAGAGGGACCGCAUUAUGGCGUUUCUGAGCGAUUUGCCCAUUCGAAAAGUUAGUUUUUUUUUAGAAUUCCCUUAAAAAUCCUCACAAUUCAAUUUCCAGGUGGGCGGAAUCGGACGUGUCUCGGAAGCGCACCUCCAGUCGAUGGGCAUCCGAACGGUCGGCGACAUGCUGCUUCGCAAGUCCCUCUUCCCGCUCUGUUUCUCGCCGCUCGCCCAGGAAUCGUUUCUGCGCACGGCACUCGGCCUUUCCGCGCGGCCUUCCGCAUCGGAUCCGCGUCGCAAAAGCAUCUCCGUGGAGCGCACUUUCGCGCCGACCGCCCAUUUCGACGAAUUGUGGACGGAGCUUGCGGAAAUAUGCAAAAUGCUCGCCGAAGACGUCCGGAAGACGGGGAUUGUCGGCGGAAAAACGAUAACUCUCAAACUGAAAUUGGCCUCUUUCGACGUGUUGACACGCUCGCUGACGCCGCCGGAAGUGGUGACGUCACUCGAAAACAUUCAAAAGUACGCGUGGGAGUUACUGGACCGGGAACGGGGUCAGGAGAUCCGGCUGCUCGGGGUCCGACUCUCGCAACUCGUGUUCGAGGAGGAGAAGAAGGGCAAAACGGUACUGACUAAUGGGCGAAUUUUGUGUUUGGCGCAAUCUUGUUUAGAAAUGCCGAAAAAUACAAGAGCGAAUCAUUCUAGACUACCAAACGCGGCAUUUUUACGGGUUCUCAAACGAAAAAUCGAUAAAUUCACAAGUUUAUUUUAGGACAACAACAAGCAGUUCAUAAAACCGUUUAGAAAUGUCGAUUUUGAGAAGAAAGCGCAGAAAAUAGUGCUAGAACAUGACGCCGGAAAUCGAAUGUUUCGAGUUUCGCAGCGGCGGUAGGUCAAAUUGAUGUACGGGUCUCGCAGCGAUGCGACAAAAAAUGCGCACCGCGUCGGUCAGGCUGGCAGGCAGUGGACGGGGAGGAAAAUAAGCGGACGAGUCCGCUCGGAACGGACGGACCGUCGAGUGAGAGGACAGCAACGCGACACCAGACUACGAACACGUGUUGUUUUGAUGUUUUGAUGACAAUUGUGACAGGUUGAACCGUCCCUGAAGCGGUCAGCAAUGUUGAUACUUCGAUCGCGCGUCGCUGUGAUUUCCCUCGACGGUCCGUCCAUUCCGAGAGCACUCGUUCGCUUUUUUUCCUCCUCCUCCUGCCCGUCGAUGUUUUUUUUUAUGCGAGAGCAAUUCUAGCACUGUCUUUUUCGAGAAAAAAGUCAAAUUUCGGCGGACUUUGUGUCCUUAAGGUGACAUUAUCGAUUUUUCGUAGAAUGCCGUAAAAAAAUCGUGUUUGAUGGCCUAAAAUUGCGCAAAACAGAAAAUAGAGAGAAACGUUUUUUUUCCCCUUGAAAAUCGAUCAUAUUGUGUUUUCUAAACAACUUUUUUUUCAGAUUGCAGACUUUUGGAACGAAAAAAAGGCGGCGAUUGCGGAUUCGGAAGACGAAGAUGUCAUCGUCGAGACGCGUCCGUGUCCAAUUUGUGGAUUGGACGUCGAAAACCGUCUGGAGUCGAUGAACAGCCACGUGGACGAGUGCAUUCUGAAGAGGAGAAACGAAGGAGAAGAGGAGCUCGAACUGAUUUGCGUUUCGGUGCAAAGCCACAAGAAAUCGGGCGUGAAACGGAAGGCGUUUUCGAGCGGAAACGGACGGAAACCCGCUAAGAAAAUAGCUACCAUCGACUCAUUUUGGAAGAAAAAAUCUUAA